GCCGCCGCUUGUCCCGCUGCGCAGCCCCCGGAGCCCGCCUGCGCCACCAGGACCUCCGAGCCCUUCUUUAUGCUUUCGGCUAUUUCUAAGGGAAAGAAUAAAAAAAAAAAAAAAAAAAAUUCAGCCCCAGACGCGGAGCCCUGACGGCGCUGGUGGAGGAGCCUCCAAAUUCGGAGAUUUGGCUACUUUUUGGGUUUUUGGUUUUUUUUUUUUGCAUUUUCCACCCGUCGUUUCUUUCUGUUAUUAUUGUAAUUUUGUGCGAAAGGAAGUUAUGAACAACUGCAAGUCAGGAAGUGGAAAUCCACACCGGUUGUGACAAGCUGGGGCUAAAAACUAUUUCAUUAUUUAUAUAGAUGUGUCUAUCAACAUUCUGCUUUUCAUCCAAAGAAUAAAGGGAAAUACCGGCCAGUCCUAUGUUUGACGGUGAAUGACAGACCGCAUCUGAGGAAAGGAAGGACUAAAUAUAUCAGCUAAGAACACCACCGUUAUUUAUUGAACUCAAGAGACCUUUUUUUUUUAACCCAAAGACUGUUUGAGCGAGAGAUUCAAUGGGUCAUUAAAAGGGGGAAAAAAAAAAUCUUAAAGGCCCUUUUGCUUCUGAAGAGCAGCUAACCUCAAAAUAGGAGCAGUACUCGUAAGACAGAUACUCAAAUUAAGGCUUUACAUGAUGAAUUUUCUAUCCUAUGGAUAUCAGUAUUGAGAUUACAAACCAAGAAGAUCUGUAAUUGAUCUAGCACCAGACAAUUUCAAUGCCUAAUAUUCCCCAGGAUUGCUGGAGUACCCUAGGAGCUGCGUCGGACUGUACUCGGGGUAUGCCAUGGGCUGUAUUCAGAGUAUUAGCUGCAAAUCCAAAGUUUUCCGGGAAAGUAUUUCAGUGAUUGAAGUCAAAGCCUCCAUUGAUCCCAUUCCCACCAGCAUCGAUGAGUCCUCCAGCGUGGUCCUGCGCUACCGGACCCCUCACUUCCGAGCCUCUGCCCAAGUGUUGGUGCCCCCUAUUCCCAAGAAGGAGACCUGGAUCGUGGGCUGGAUCCAGGCUUGCAGCCACAUGGAAUUUUACAAUCACUACGGGGAACAGGGAAUGUCAAGUUGGGAGCUUCCGGAUCUCCUGGAGGGUAAAAUCCAGGCCAUCAGUGACUCAGAUGGAGUGAACUAUCCCUGGUACGGAAACACGACGGAAACCUGCACCAUCGUGGGUCCCACAAAGAAGGAGUCCAAGUUCAACAUCAGCAUGAAUGACAACUUUUACCCGAGCGUGACGUGGGCCGUGCCCGUCAGCGAGAGCAACGUGGCCAAACUCACAAGCAUUCACCGGGAUCAAAGCUUCACCACCUGGCUGGUUGCAACCAACACGGCCACCAACGAAAUGGUGACCUUGCAGACUAUCAAAUGGCGCAUGAGGCUGGGCAUCGAGGUGAACCCCAGCAGACCCUUGGGGCAGCGUGCCAAGCUGCAGGAGCCCUCUGCUCAAGAGCAGCCCCAGGUCCUUAGCAAGAAUGAGCCAAUACCACCCAGUGCCCUUGUCAAACCCAAUGCCAAUGAUGCUCAGGUACUCAUGUGGAGGCCAAAGGAUGGACCACCCCUUGUGGUGAUACCCCCAAAACAUCGAUAAUAGAAACCUGGCGUCCCGGCACCAAAAGGGAGAAAAAAAAACAAACAACACCAAGCCGAAGCAAAACAAUCACUUAGGUAUUAGGAUACACACGUAUAAUCUGAGCAAAAUCAAAAUGCACUUUUAAUUCAUUCAACAAAUGCAACCAUUCUACCUUCUCCCAUUGGGACGGAUUUCACUGUGCUAAAGCUAAAGAGGAGACCUUGGAUUGGGGUCUGUCUCAUCACUGGAUUCCUAAGGGAAGAAACUAACACUGAUGUCUACCCGUAGAGCUUUUUUUUUUUUUCUUCCCUACUUUAGUUACUCUUUGAACUUCAGUCUCAUUAGCUUGUCCAGACUGCCCAGAACAAUAAGAACAUUUUAUUUGGGAUUUAAAGAGUCUUUUUUUUUUUUUUCCCCUCUUUUUGGUCAAGAACAAAACAAUUUCCUGGAGCAAAAAGUUGACUAUUUAAGAUAUGGAUUUAUUAUUUUUUUUAAGCUGUAAGGUUCUGAGUUGCAAAUCCAAGUCAUGCGGCCUUAUGUAGACUUUGCUUUGCAUUGCCAAACUUUUGCCUUAAAGCUAUGUUUAAAAAAAAAAAAGAAAAAAACCACCACCAGGCAGAAUGUCCUUUCUACAGAUUUUUUUGGGGGGAGAAAGUUUUGGAAUAAGGAAUAGAUUGCCCACGUGUCACGGGCUGAUGGAUGAAAAGGGCAUGAAAUUGGAAGAAGCGUGAUAAAAAAAAGAAAGUCUUCCCAGUUGUGAAACCUGGAAGGAGGCGGCGUGGAAAUGCUCUUGGUUUCAAAGCAAUGCAAAUAACAAACCUGCUGUAGGAUGUCUCUCGAGUGGGAGCCACUGGGCCAUCUCCCUGCUUCGCCGGAGGGGCAGCAAACGAGCUCGCACGGCUCCCACCUGGUGAUCCCAGUCUCCCGUUAGCAUCCUAAUACAGGAUCAUCUCACAGCUGGAAUCGUGGCCCUGGGAGUCAACAGAAAUCAAGGGGGGGAGUACAUCCCACUGGGUUUGUCUCUAGGACAGGCAGGUGUGUGCCCAGCUAGCCCACCCUCUCACCUUCUGGUGGCCUAAGGGCCAGGGGCUGCUGUUGGGUGAAGCUCUGUUGCCCCGUUUUCCCAUGAAAUCCACAUGACGGUGCUGUAAGAGGAGCAGGAUAUAAAAAGGAUCCUUCUGAAGUCAUUGGAGAUGCAUGGGUGUAAGCAGAUCUUUAUCUACCAAGUCUACCCAGCAAUAUCCAUAAUUCAGGAACAGCCACAUCUAAACAUAACAGGCACCCAUUCCUAGCGAACACUAGAAGCGAAAGCUAUGAAAAACUCUUCUUCCCAUUAUAACACAUCACGUUGGGGCUGGUAGAUAAUUUUCUUCCAAAUGACCUCAUGAUGCACGUGACUGUCAGGAACCAGGAACCUGUCUGGUUAUGGCAGAAACAUCUACACCGUGCACGAGAAGGUGCAAGAAGGGCAACACCCGGGUCUUGCGUGUAGAUCCUGCAGUAAGUUAAGGUGCAUUUGGGGCAGGAGGUGGAACCUCUCAGUUUCAAAAAGGACCAGAUGGCUUCAGAGAUAACCAGAUGCACUUCUGCAGAGGAAGCUGUUUGAAUGGGAGGGGCACGGCUUGCAGGCAGAGGAAGUUCUGCAGUAGAGGUGGCAUCUGGAGGACGGGACAGGACGGGGAGCAGAGGAUCUUGCUCCUGUGCACGGCCUAAGGCAGAUCACUUCCCCUUCCCUCGACAGCUCCUUCCCCUAGAUAACAUUUCUUCUUCCUCUUACUGAAAAUUUGCCUCAAGAGCUAGGACUGAAGAGGGCUCAGCAUGCCAGAUUCCAGCCUGGCCCUGCUGAACAGGUCUCACCACCACACACACGCUGCUCAAAAGGCUCUCCCCUUGGGAGAGGCAACGAUUUGCUGCUAUUGCCACCUUCAUCUUCCACCUGGACUUUACCAGCAAGAAAUUCUCCUUCCUCACUUCUCCAAAGCCACACCACCUACUUCGGCAACAGGUUCAAUGUCACCACCUGCCUGGGGAAAGCAUGCCCAGAAGAUACACCCUCCCCACCCCGACAGUCUCAAACCAGCAAACAAGGAUCCUGGGUCCCUGCACCAACCCCCCAUCCCGGGGGAGCCUGCCCUCCUCCACGCACCGCUCUCCAGAGGUGCUUGGCCACAGAGCUGCUCUCUCCAUCAGGCAGAUCUUUGAGGUCCAGCACGACAAGAAGCUUGCAGACAAACGGACUGGAUCAAACCCAAAUCCACAAGCCAAAGGUUGCCUAAAUCUAGGCUUUGGGACUACAAAGGAUGAAGCUUGGGAGACUUUGACUUGCACAGUCACUCUCUGUAUUAAACUCCAUUUUCUUACACGGAUUCAAAUCCUGACUCUAGCUCUACUGGCACAGCCCUUUGGGACUCCUCUGUGUUUUCUCCUAGGCAAUACAUGCAGAAGAGGACAAGAUGUGAGCAGUGGGUGGAUGGCUGAUGAGGCUUUGCAGGCAUCUCGGCUGCCUCUCAGGUGCACUGCUGGGCAGUCCCACGGGUGGGAGCAGAAGGGGUAUUUUAGUCUGGUACUCACUUUGUCUCCAGGUGCUGAGUACUUACAGUUCUCACUGAUGUCAGCGUGGGUCGGAGGAGUCAGACCCAGUUGUCUUAAUUAGCUGCACGAAGGAAUUCCAAGGAAAGAUUUCUUCUCAGUCACCAAAAACCACAUUCAGGGAACACCUACGUCCUUUUCCACUUCGCUUUGUGUUGGACUUAGUCUCCCAGUGCAUUAAGUAAAUCUGGUCCCUCCCUACUCCCUCUACCUGGCGGACUGGAUGCAUCCAUGCAAUUUGACAGUAACCUCCUGGCUAAUUCGUCCUGUUGCACUGAACAGACCCAGCUGAGCAGAGAAUACGGAAUUCAAACUUCAUGUUGGGGUCGGCUUUGCAUGGAUUUCUCCCUUCCCAAAGAAUGCCUUUAUCCCGUGCCUGGGUUGAAACGUGCCCCUCCACCUCCAUUCGCAUCACCAGACACGGCGUGGAAAAGUGAUGCUGCCUCUUUUGAGAUUCCAUGCGUUGUGAUUAAAAAUGGUGGGUUUUUUUCCCCCCAAUGCUGCUUCAUUAGAAAACUGACGGGGACAGACUGAAUAUAAAAGGAACGGUGGUUGGAGGUUACAGGUGCUACAGACUUCACUAGUGGUACGGCUGGUUAAUAGCUGUAUGGUUAGAAUGGGGAUUGACAGGUCCCAAUUGGGACUUAAACAUGUGGGGUCUGGGGGCAUCCUGCACCAAGUAAGGUGGGGAAUAAGCAGAGGCAAAUAAAGCUCCUUCUCUGGCAGCUUGUGCCAGAACGGGGAACACACAGAGGACAUGCUGGGAAGGUGAUGGGGCACCACCACGGGAUAGUGAUGCACGUGAGCUUGUCUCUGCCUCACCUCUCUCAUCAGCUCUUUAUGGCCCCAGGUGGCCAGGGGAGCUGAGAGCGUAGCCUGGCCAUCCCUGUCAAAAGCCCACAGUGGUCCAGGGUGGGAAGCAGCAGGGCCAGCCCUGGCCAAGACCCUCUCCUGCACCCUCACCCCCAACCCGGAGCAGCUGUGGGGCAGGGACCAGCAAACACCAUCGAGCUCAGCCAACUCAGGCCCUUGGGUUCUCCUUUCCUACCCUCCAAGAGUGUGGGGAGAGAGGGAUGGCCCCUCGGAGAGUCAAUAAAGAUCCUGAGCAGCGUUGGGGAGGGGUAGACCUGUUGAGCCGGCGUGGUGGAGAGCAAGGCUGGGUCCAGCAGCGGGGGGGGUACGGGGAGGGCUCCCCAGCCCCAGCACCCCUGUCCUCCCCUGCCCCGGCUCCUGGCGCAGCAAUAAGAAUCGUCCUUGGUCUUGCAGAGAUACUGUGAAAACAAAACUAAGAUGUACUGAAGUCUGGACACUUAACAGAGAUGUAAAAAAAAACAAAACAAAACCCUGCUUUUAUAACAGAGAAAUAAAAGUGAAGUUUUCAAA